AUGAACUUUGAACAUGCCAAUGACAUCCAGCGGGAGGAUGGCAGCUUCGGCCCACGCCGUGCAGUUCAAGCACCCGAUGGCGUCCGCAGUGGAAGAACGGCACGGGUGGAUGCCGGAGCUGCGCCGGACUCCUAUGACGAGAUAUGCAUGUGGUGGUAUAAAGAUGACGAUAAAGAUGAAGAAGACAUGCACUGGCGGCAAGUGAUGCUCGAGAACACCAUGCAGUGCCAAGGGCUGGAGGAUCUGUGGAUGAUCCGGCCCGGAUCUGAGAUGGCGGAGCGGUGGAAACCCAAGAUCAGGGAGUGGAGGGAGAAGAUCGCGACCUUGUCAGAACCUCCCAAAACCUGGGUGGGUGUCUGGGAUACACACGAGUAUCCCGAUCUUUGGGGUGAUCUGUGGAUGUGCUCUGGUGGGUUUGUGCUAGAUGCCUUGCUAGAUGACUAA